UACAAACAGAUCAUUCUACAAAUGGUCCGACUGUCAUCGGGGGCUUUUGGGUCAUACUCGGUCGGUAGAACAAUAUAAUUAUGUACAAUAUACAUAUAAUUUCCCUAAUCCAUUAUAUCUGCCAGCGUAUCUGAAUGUGUUAUAUAAAUACGUGUAGAGAGGUAGUCAGUCAGUUUAUGUUAUUUGCUACCUACAAUUCUAUCGACGAUGUGUGCGGACAAAUUAAAAACAAAACCUUUGAGGGUCAUCGCCGCUGCUUGCUCCAACAUGGGAUUAGGGAAAAAUGGAAAAAUGCCAUGGCAAUUACCAACAGAAUUCAAAUUCUUCUUGGACACUACCACCAAGGUCUCUGAACCAGGGAAGGUCAACCUGAUGGUGUGGGGCAAGGGCUGUUGGUUCUCCAACCCAGAAAGUCUGUUCUCCUUAAUGCCCAAUGUCCAACAUGUUGUCCUGAGUUCAACCCUGCGCACUGUCCCGAAGCACGCCCACUUCCUCUGUCAGGAUUUUGACAGCAGUGUUAACCUGGCCUCGCUGCCACCCCUCUGUGAGCUGGUGGAGACAGUCUGGGUGGUGGGUGGGCCACGGGUCUAUCAGGAGGCACUGAUGCAUCCAGGGUGUGACCUCAUCUAUCUUACUGACAUCAUGGCUGACUUUGACUGUGAUGUAUUUUUCCCGCCAUUUGACCGAAACAUUUUUAGGAAACAAGAGAGGUUUCCUGGAGUACCAAAUACCAUUCAAGAGGACAAUGAGGUUCAAUUUAAAUUUCAAGUUUUCAAGAGGGAGCUCUAGGAAAAUGUGAUGAUUUUGAAACAAACUGUACUUAAUGAAUUUCAACAGUAUGACUAUUAUUUGUAUCUGUUUGUGUUUGUAAACCUUGUGGUUUCAAUUCUAACUGCUGAUUGGCUGAUAGCCCUGGUAUAUGAGACCGUGUUCCACAGCAAUUACAUCACAUUACUUUUUUCUGCUCUAAAUUUGUUGGUAACUGGUUAAGAGCUUUAAGGUAUCUCUGGGGUUUGUGUUAUAAUCAUUGUUGAUAUACCACGGCAAAGAGAUGUGUCCAGGCACUCCGCGAUGUGUUGUGCCUAAUAACAGCUCUUAGCCGUGCUUAGCCAGCACUUAUACUACACCCGCUCAUGCCCUAUUGCUUGUAUUACAAAUGUCACACUUAGUGAGGCUCACACAUCAGUGAAUCAGACGAGUAACGUCCUCUAACCGUCUCAUACCACCAGUGAAUCAGAUGAGUAAUGUCUAUUAGCACAGUUCCAGAACACUUGUGAAUCAGAUGAGCCAUGUCUAUUAGCACAGUUCCAGAACACUAGUGAAUCAGAUGAGCCAUGUCUAUUAGCACAGUUCCAGAACACUAGUGAAUCAGAUGAGCCAUGUCUAUUAGCACAGUUCCAGAACACUAGUGAAUCAGAUGAGCCAUGUCUAUUAGCACAGUUCCAGAACACUUGUGAAUCAGAUGAGCCAUGUCUAUUAGCACAGUUCCAGAACACUAGUGAAUCAGAUGAGCCAUGUCUAUUAGCACAGUUCCAGAACACUAGUGAAUCAGAUGAGCCAUGUCUAUUAGCACAGUUCCAGAACACUAGAGAAUCAGAUGAGCCAUGUCUAUUAGCACAGUUCCAGAACACUAGUGAAUCAGAUGAGCCAUGUCUAUUAGCACAGUUCCAGAACACUAGUGAAUCAGAUGAGCCAUGUCUAUUAGCACAGUUCCAGAACACUAGUGAAUCAGAUGAGCCAUGUCUAUUAGCACAGUUCCA